AAUAAAUUCAUUUUGCAUUCCACUGUCUAGCUAUUCGCACCGAUUGUUGCUUUAUAGUCUAUAGUAUUUGUUUCCUCUCCCUAUACCAUAUAAUACAUGAGAGUCAAGGCGGUUUAAACAAAUACAAAAAAUAAUAAUUAAAUUAGUUUCAGUAAUUUUAUAAACGAAAACAAAAUUUAUUGAAAUUAUUAAAAUUUAAUAAAUAGUUUAAAAAAAAGUGGUAAUUAUAAAUUUUACUGACGACGGGAAGUGCAAAUUGUUUCCAAGUUUUUUGUGAAAAAAAAGUGUUGCAUUUUAUAUUUUAUGCUUAAUUAAGCCUAAAGUGUAUUUAAUUCAAAAAUAAAAGGAUACACCUUAUCACGCAGUUAAAACUUCAAUAAUAGUUAUCAACAUGAAUUUCCUUGCCGUAUUCUUUGCCAUCUGCAUGUCAAUCUCUCUUGUUUCUGGACAAUUUUUCGGUGGUUUCGACCGAAGAUUUUCACUGAACGCAAUUCCAAAUGAUUUCAGUGGUAAUGGAAUCAGAGACGCAAGACAAGACAGAGGACCAGUUGUGUUCCCUCCACCUCCCCGUGAUGGUCCAAUGGAAUCCAGUGGUGUUGUUGUAGGUGCAUCAGGUUUUGGUUUCGUGCCACCUUCCCAAAGUCAAUACUAUGAAACACCAUCACAACCAUCGUUAGAUUACUUCAACAGUCAAUUUUUCCGAUACUUCUAAGUCAUUAUCUUUUAUAUCUAAAUAAUUAUGUAUGUUGAUUAGUUAUUAAGUUAUUGAAUAAAACAAAAAUUUAGUUAAAUUAACCAACCUCUGUACAUAUAAAACGUAUAACAAGUAUUCUAGUGUUAUUUUCCUAUAUAAUUGGUUGUAUCUUAAAAAAAAAAUUAAAGAAUUUAAAAAAUGUUAACGUAACGCAAGGUAGCGCAUACUCGAAUAUGUUUAGUACGCUUGCUCAAAGUCCAAUUUAAUUUAAAUAAUAAAAAGAAAAAAAAACAUGUACAUAUAGAAGCUUAA